GGCCCGGGCAGAAGCUCCGCAGCGGGGACUUGGCAGGUCCUCCCGCGGUUCCCUUGGUAACCGUUGCCACCAGUAUCACAACCCGGAAGCAGAUCGCGCGCCUGCGCGCUCGGAAAGCGGCGGCCGGCCCUCGGCAUGGCGGAGGCCGACGCCGAGUCGGAGCACAUCCGUCUCAAGUGUAUCCGAAAGGAAGGCUUCUUCACGGUGCCCGCGGAGCACAGGUUGGGACGAUGCCGAAGCGUGAAGGAAUUUGAGAAGCUGAACCGCAUUGGCGAGGGCACCUAUGGCAUUGUGUAUCGGGCCCGGGACACACAGACAGAUGAGAUUGUUGCCCUGAAGAAGGUGCGGAUGGACAAGGAGAAGGAUGGCAUCCCCAUCAGCAGCCUGCGGGAGAUCACGCUGCUCCUGCGCCUUCGCCACCCAAACGUUGUGGAGCUCAAGGAGGUGGUCGUCGGGAACCAUCUGGAGAGCAUUUUCCUAGUGAUGGGUUACUGUGAGCAGGAUCUGGCCAGCCUCCUGGAGAAUAUGCCGACACCCUUCUCUGAAGCCCAGGUCAAGUGCAUUGUGCUACAGGUGCUCCGUGGCCUCCAGUACCUGCACAGGAACUUCAUCAUUCACAGGGACCUGAAGGUGUCCAACUUGCUUAUGACCGACAAGGGCUGUGUGAAGACAGCGGAUUUUGGCCUGGCCCGGGCCUAUGGUGUCCCAGUGAAGCCAAUGACCCCCAAAGUGGUCACCCUCUGGUACCGAGCUCCGGAGCUGCUGCUGGGAACCACCACCCAGACCACCAGCAUCGACAUGUGGGCGGUGGGCUGCGUCUUGGCUGAGCUACUGGCCCACAAGCCCCUUCUCCCAGGUACCUCUGAGAUUCACCAGAUCGACCUGAUUGUGCAGCUGCUGGGGACUCCCAGCGAGAACAUCUGGCCGGGCUUCUCCAAGCUGCCCCUGGUUGGCCAGUACAGCCUGAGGAAACAGCCAUACAACAACCUCAAGCACAAGUUCCCCUGGCUCUCUGAGGCUGGACUACGCCUACUGAAUUUCCUCUUCAUGUAUGACCCCAAGAAAAGGGCAACUGCAGGAGACUGCCUGGAGAGCUCCUACUUCAAGGAGAAACCCCUACCCUGCGAGCCGGAGCUCAUGCCCACCUUCCCCCACCACCGUAAUAAGCGAACUGCCCCGGCCACUGCUGAGGGCCAGAGCAAGCGGUGCAAGCCCUGAGGUCAGCCCACAUGCACGCGUGCCCGCGCCAAAUGACCAGGCCAGCCACGAACUGGGAAUGCCCUACAAACCAGGCUGUGCCUCCUGGGAAGUCAGGGGAUACGGCUUGGCCCCACGCCUACCCUCGACCAUCCUGUUGCUGCAGUUGACUCCACCUGCUGUUUCUCUGUGCCCAGAACCAGACAGGGUAUGGACAUGGGGUGCUGUAGGGGCGGGGGCUCCAAAUUGUGAACCCAGGUGGGCUGGGCUAUUGAGGCAACACCUGGUGGCUGCACAGGGUCUUCUCUGGCAGAAACUCCUGAGGAGGACACACUGGUGCUGAAAUCUCAGCUGGUACAAAUUAGUGGGGUCUUGGAACUGGGGUUGGGUGCUGGCCCCUGAAGACUGCUAUGCUGUUGCCUCUUGGUCACAGGGGCUGCCCGGGGCUCAGAGAGGCUGUGGUGACCCUUGGCAAGGCUGGGAAGGAGGGGCCAGGUGUAAGGUGGGGGCCAUGAGAAGGGGUACCCUUGAAACUCCCAAGGAGAGAAGCAGUUGGCUCCCAUCCUAAGAGUAAAGAGAAAAACUUUUCUAACACACCUGGUUUC